CGGGUUUCUUUCUUUCUUUUUUUAAUUUCCCCAGACUCUGGAAACUCUGUGAACACAGCGCGUGGCCCCGCUCCGACCAGACUGAGCAGCCCUGGGCCACUCAUUUCCAUCCCCAGGCCUGGAUUGUCCCCGUGCACCAGCCGCCUCCCCUCCCCCAGCUCAAACAAAGGACCGCGGGGAGACUUCUGACUUUGCCCGCUCUGAACCUCAAACAAAAACCUCCUGGAUCCAGCCGGAAUAGUUCCACGGGCGCCUGGUAACAGGCCGGGCGUGCACACGGGCCUGACGGCGCCAUUGUCAACCCCGCUGCCCCCGCCAAGCGCGGGCGGCCGAGGCAGCCGGGGGCCCCUCGCGGUGCGACCGUGAGAAGCGAUCCCGAGCCCGGCCACCGGCCCAGCGCAGUCGCUGCUCGGAGGCCCCGGGGCGGCGGAGCAGCCCCCGCACGAGGGGCCGGGGCGGGGCGCUAUCCUGUCCCCCCCCCCCCCCCAGCCUGAGCCACGCAGCCCGAGCCCCGCGCCCGCAGCACCACCCCGACUCGAUCGGCGCUGCUGGGCCCGCCUCGAAGGGCUUUCCGAGGACACGCGUGAAGCGCGAGGGCGCAGCGCACGCACCCCGGCCCCUCCCGGGCCCCGCGUCCCGAGCGCACCCGGCGUCCCAGGCUGUCGGCCCCGAAAGGAGUGCCGCGGCGGAGCGGGAGGGAAAAGGCCGAUGCGGGGCAAGCUGAGAGCGGACACCGAGGCGGGCUGAGCACGGGCAGGAGCGGAACCCGGGGGAUCCCGAAGACUCCCGAGCCCCCUCUCCCGGCACACUGCACAGAAGCUCGGUGCGAAGCCAGCGGCCCCGGCGCGGCUCCAACCGGACCGCGACUGCUAAAGCCCCUCCUUCUGGAGCCGCCCCUGGGAGUGGCAGGACGGAGGGCCCGGAGGAGGGACCCGCGGCGCGGCGCUGGAGCCGCGAGGUCCCCGCGCGCAGGCCGGCAUGGAGGGCCCGGCGGGUGACCCGUACCGGCGGCCGGCGCGGCGCACGCAGUGGCUGCUGAGCGCCCUAGCGCACCACUACGGGCUGGACCGCGGCGUGGAGAACGAGAUCGUGGUGCUGGCAACCGGCCUGGAUCAGUACCUGCAGGAGGUCUUCCACCACCUGGACUGCCGCGGCGCCGGCCGCCUGCCCCGAGCCGACUUCCGCGCGCUCUGCGCGGUGCUGGGGCUGCGCACCGAGGGGUCCCCGGCAGGCUCGGAAGCCGCCGAGGACGCGGCUGCCGGAGGCGCGGACUCUGGGGAUGUGAGCGCCGGGGAGGGGGACGCGGACGUGGAGGAGGAGGCGCGGCUGGCGCUGUGUGCCGAGCCGCCCGAGCUCACCUUCCGCCAGUUCCACGCGCGCCUCUGCGGCUACUUCGGCGCCCGGGCUGGGGCCCGGCUGCCCCGCGGCGCCCUCAGCGAGCACAUCGAGACUCAGAUCCGCCUGCGUCGCCCGCGCCGCCGCCGCCGCGCGUCCCGCGAGCCCGGCCCCGACGGCGGCCCCGACGGUGAGCGCGUGGCGCGCCUGGAGGAGGAGAACGGCAGCCUGCGCGAGCUGGUGGAGGACCUGCGCGCCGCCCUGCAGAGCAGCGACGCGCGCUGCCUGGCGCUGCAGGUCGGCCUUUGGAAGAGCCAGGCGGGCGGCCACGAAGAGGGGCUCGGAGGGCCCGAGGCUGCGGCGGAGCGGGAGCUGCGGCAGGCGCGGGGCGCCCUGGCGGCGGCCGAGGCCCGAGCGGGGAGGCUGCGCCAGGGCCAGGCCGAGGUGCGGCGACGCGCGGAGGAGGCCCGGCAGGCGGUGCUGCGCAGCCUGCGGCGCGUGCGUGAGCUGGAGGCGCUAGCUCAACAGGUGCCCGGCCUGCGGCGCUGGGUGCAGCAGCUGGAGGCGGAGCUGCAGCGCUACAGGUCAGAAGGCCCCCAGCUCCCAACACCCCCAAGAGCCAGCCCAGAGCCAGGAGACAGGAGUGACAACUUUGAAGAUGGCGGGACCAGAGACGUAGACGCUGCCCCAAGGGGAGCCUGGUCGUCGGACAGCAGCUCCGGGAGCAGAGCCCUGGACGAAGUGGGCGAGCAGCUGUUCCGCUCCGUGGAGGGCCAGGCUGCCUCCGACGAAGAAGAGGAGGAGGAGGAGGAGGAGGAGAAGUGGCGGGAGAUGCAGAGACCCCCAGCGGCCGAGGCCCUGCUGGCUCGGCCCUCCAGCUGCGGCAGUGGGUGUGAUGACCGGACGGCCAAGAAGCUCACGACCUACUGCAGCCACCUGGGCGCUGCCGACCGCACCUGCACCCCGGGGGAGCUGGAGGCCCACGUCGCCAGGCCGGGGACCCAGGGCUGCGGCGGGAAGGCCCUGGGGACACCCAGGGAGGAGGCAGAGCUGCAGCGCAGGGCGGAGGAGAGCGAGCACCUGAGGCUGGAGCUGCAGAUGGUGGAGACGGAGCGGGUGCGGCUGGCCCUGCUGGAGGAGAAGCUGGUGGACGUGCUGCAGCUGCUUCAGAGGCUCCGGGACCUGAACAUAUCAAAAAGGGCCCUGGGAAAGACACUGCUGAGUGCCCUGGAUGCCUGCAGGGACCCCGCCCAAGAGGGAAGAUCUGGCCCCUCGGCCACGCUGGACGCCCUGCACCAAGCCUUGGCCAGCUGUCAGCUCUUGCGGAGACAGUCCCCAGCCCCAGCCCCUGCAACUCCUGUGCUCCCCAAUCCUCUCCUCAUCUCCUGCUGAGGCCACUGGCCCAGCCGUACCACCAUCGGACCAGCCUCCAUGGUCAGCUGACCGCAGUCAGACUACCCCCAAGACCAGCCUGACCUCCACCAUCAGACCACCACCACGUCACCCGAACUCAGGAGGCCCCGUAUUCUUGCCACCAAUGUCCACGCCAGAAGCUGGCGGCUGCUGGCUCAGCCUACUGCCCAGAGGUGCCCGCCUUGCCGCCCAGCCUGGCUUGGAAUCUCUUCCCUCAGGUCCCAGGAUCUCCUCUCUCCAGCACUAUCCUGUCCCUUGCACCAGCGUGUCGCUGUAAGGGAGGCCUAGCCCAACCUUGGGGACACAUCUGACCCCCAGGAAAAAACGGUGGAAUUCCAAGGAGGGAGUGAUCACGGUGGGCUGCCUGGUGGAAGCUGGCCUUGAGCUAGCUCCAGAAGACAACUAGGGCCAAGAGAGGGGAAGGAAGAGAUUUAAUCUAAGGAGCAGCAAGAGCUGCUAAUACAGUGCCCAGGGCCCCUCUUUCCUGAACACACCUCUCAUCUAAAAUCGCACAGGACAGGAAGCUAUGUGUGACACCAGUGCUAAACUGAGGCAAGAUAAGACAAGCCCCAUCAAGAGGGGUUUGUCUGAGCCAGGAGUGUGAGUGCACUACACGGGUACAGCUGGGAAAGGAGGACACCCAGUCCACGAGGUCUGUGCCAUGAGGAAGGGGCAGGGGCAGGCCAUGGGGGCUUCCGUGGCAAGUGAGGAUCCACCCCAGAGUUGAUCUCACAGGCAACAGGGGGCCCCUGAAGGCUUGCAGCAGGGACUAGAGACGGGGGCAGGGGGAAGGGAAGAGGCAGCCACAGAAGUGUGGGUGCAAAGGACCAAGGUGUAGCCUAGUCAACUGCAGAAAAUCAAAGAUAAAACAUCCCGAAAGACACCAGAGGGGACAAUAACCCCUUAAAGGGGAAGGAACCACAUCAGAAUCGCAUCCAACUCACCCACAAGAAACUGUGCAAACACCAAGAGAGAAACAGACAAAGCCACACCAACCUACAAUUCUAUAUCCUAGGAAAUUACCCUUCAAACUUGAAGAGGAAAUAAAGACUUUCUCAGAUAAACAGAUAAGUAGGAAACUGCUUGCAUGAAAUUCAAAACAAGUCCUUCAGAGAGCAGGAAAAUUACAUGAGGUCAAAAACUCAGACCCUCAUAAAGAAAGGGAGAUCGUUAAAAAAGGAACAAGUGAAGGUAAAAUAAACUUUUAGUUUCCUUAUUCUUACUGGAUCCAACAGCCAGUAGCUUGUUCAAAACACGAACAGCGGCAGCACGCGUGCUGAUCAUGGUUUCCGUGUAGGGGAGAGGAGCCCCAGCAGUGCCAUGAGGGCCGAGAGGGAGUUCAGACUGAUAUGUGAUUAAAGGUACUCAAACCAGCCGUGAAGCAGUACAGGGCUAUUUGAAAGUGGGUUAGUUGUAAAAGCAUAUUGCAAACGUGAGGGCAACCACUAAAAAAAAAAGUUUUAAAAAUAAAUAAUUGAUAACACUAAGAAAGGGGAGAAAAUGGAAUUAUUUAAAAUGCUUGGUUAAAGCCACAAAAGGCACAAGAAGAGAGAAAGACAAAAACAGGACCAGACAAUAAAGGCAACGAACAGCAAACAGCAAUAAACAUGGCAGAUGUUAACCGAGAUCAAGAGUCCCUUCGAACGUCAAUGUUUUAGAUACACGGAAGACAAGACAAAGAUCGUCAGAGUGCAUCAAAUGGGUGAGCUCAGCUGUCCGACUGUAGGCCAACUGUAGCAGCAGCCACGCGACCUGCAGACCGAGCAGGCUGCAGGAUGAGGGCAAUGAGCAGGGUUGACAAGGGGUCACUUUCCUAAGGCGACACGACAGUGUGCACCGACAACAGCGUGGCACAGAAAGCGAGGCAGAAACUGACAGCGCUGCAGGGAGAACAGGUGCACCUGGAGACUGCAGCUCCCUCGGGAAGGAGAGUGAAACUCCAAGACGCCAUCUGCCAACUGGUGGACCCCAUCGCCUGUCUCACGCGACUGCCGCAUGACCACCGACACAGACCAAAGUCCUCACUACAAAACCACCAACCAAGUAUAAAAGAAUGGGAAUUGGGACUGCUGCCUGCAGUACCGGCAUCCCAUAUGGGCGCUGGUUCAAGUCCUAGCUGCUCCAUUUGUAAUCCAGCUCUCUGCUGUGACCUAGGAGGACAGCAGAAGAUGGUCCAAGUCCUUGGGCCCCUGCACCCGCAUGGGAGACUAGGAGGAAGCUCCUGGCUCCUGGCUUUGGAUCAGCACAGCUCUGGCCACUGCGGCCAUUUGGGGAGUGAACCAGCAGAUGGAAGACCUCUCUCUCUCUCUCUCUCUCUCUCUCUCUCUCUGCCUCUGCUUCUCUGUAACUCUGCCUUUCAAAUAAAUAAAUCUUAAGGAAAAAAAAAAAAAAGAAUGGAUGUUAUAAGGUGUUCCUGAUGGCAA